AAGAGAGAGAGAGAAACCAAGAGAGACAGAGAUGGGUCAAGAUAGCCCCGCAACUCAGAAGAGAAGCGGAGCUGCUGCCGGUUCCCUUCCCACUACCACCACCACCACCAGACGUACAUCUUCGGGCUUCUCUCGUGGUCGGCAGAUCCAAAAGACCUUCAACAACCUUAAGAUCACCAUCCUCUGUGGCUUCGUUACUAUUCUUGUCCUCCGUGGUACCAUCGGAGUCGGCAACCUCGGCGGCGCCGACGCCGAGGCUGAGAAUCAGAACCUCAUCGCGGAGACCAACCGUAUCCUUGCAGAGAUCCGUUCCGACAGCGAUCCUAUCGACCCAUCUGACCCAGAGCCUGAGUUCAACCCCAAUGUCACCUACUCUCUAGGCCCCAAGAUCUCCGAUUGGGACGAACAGCGUAAGAUCUGGCUCCAAAGCAAUCCCCAAUUCCCCAAUUAUGUCAAUGAUAAGGCUCGAAUCUUGCUCGUUACGGGGUCUCCUCCCAACCCUUGUGACAAUGCAAUUGGGGACCAUUAUCUCCUCAAGUCUACCAAGAACAAGAUCGAUUACUGCCGAAUCCAUGGCAUUGAGAUCAUUUACAAUAUGGCCCAUCUCGAUAAGGAACUCGCUGGUUACUGGGCGAAGCUGCCCUUGAUUCGACGCCUCAUGCUGUCUCACCCGGAGGUGGAGUGGAUCUGGUGGAUGGAUAGUGAUGCCCUCUUCACGGAUAUGGUGUUUGAGCUUCCUCUGUCCAAGUACCAGAAGUAUAAUAUGGUCAUCCAUGGUUACCCGGAUUUGCUGUUCGAACAGAAAUCAUGGGUCGCCUUGAACACCGGCAGCUUUCUUUUUCGGAAUUGCCAGUGGUCUUUGGAUCUGCUCGACGUUUGGGCUCCCAUGGGUCCCAAAGGUCCAGUUAGGGAUGAAGCAGGGAAGAUCUUGACUGCUAACUUGAAAGGUCGGCCGGCGUUUGAGGCCGACGAUCAGUCUGCUUUGAUCUACCUUCUGAUCUCCCAGAAACAGUGGAUGGAUAAGGUCUUCAUCGAGAAUUCUUUCUACUUACAUGGCUACUGGGCUGGUCUAGUGGACAGAUAUGAGGAGAUGAUGGAGAAGUAUCACCCUGGAUUGGGUGAUGAGAGAUGGCCAUUUGUGACCCAUUUUGUGGGUUGCAAGCCCUGUGGGAGCUAUGGUGAUUAUCCAGUGGAGAGGUGCUUGAAAAGCAUGGAGAGAGCCUUUAAUUUUGCAGAUAACCAGAUUCUCAAGUUAUACGGGUUUAGGCACAGGGGCUUGUUGAGUCCCAAGAUCAAGAGGAUCAGGAACGAGACAGCCACUCCUUUGGAGUUUGUAGAUCAAUUUGAUAUUCGACGUCCAGUUCAUACCGAUCCAAAGGGCACAUGAAAAAACGUUCUUCUCUGUUCCAUAAAUCGAAAGUUAAAUGUAUCUUCAGUUAAAUGCAGGUCUCAGGUCUCAAACUUGAUUACAUUUGAAAGUUAGUGUUUUUGUUUGUUUUUGUUUCUACGAAUAGUUGCAUACUGCUUUGCAAAGCACAACAGUAUUUUCUUUUAUUUUUGUUCUAUUCAUGAUUUUCUCCUGGACACUCUGAGAAGAAAUACUGUUAAUUCAUUUACAUCAUCAAUACUUGUUUUGGA